CGCUCCGCCCCGCCACUCCGUGGGUUCCCGUAGCCCCUUCCGAACCGGUCCCGGCACCAGGCAGCUCUGAGAAGUUCCCGCAGCAGAGUCGAGGGGGAAAACUUUCGCUGUGCCACGGGCGGAAGUGACGUAGCCCGUCUCCUUCCGGUCCGCCGGAUUAUGAAUAACGGCCGGCGCCGCUAUUUUUCAGACGAGUUGUCUGUUGUUUCUCUCCCUGCCUGUCUGGUAGCCAGUGGUCCGGCUGGCGAAGACCCCAGAAGCGGCCUCGGAAUCCCGGCUCUGACGGGACUGGAAGGCGCAGGCGGCCCCUGUCGCCGAUGUGCACACGCACCCUCCCUGCUUGGCCGCGCCUCUGCGACCAGGUGACCCAAUGAAAAAAGAAAAUGAAAGGCAUUAAGAAAAAAAAUCUUACAGAAGAGUAUCUAUAUCUCGACUUUUCUCACCAAAUAGAAGGAUGCAUCUUUCCACUUCAUACAUCUGUAACUUUGUUUUUGUUGUCAUACUGUGACUGCAAAAUCUUUAAAAUUUGCUUAGUCCUCACCAGAGAAAGUACAGAUAUUCCACUACUUAAAAAUGUACUGUCCCCGGAUGUUGAAAUACAGAUUAUUUCAAGGCAAGAGCUUCCAGCAAUAGUCCAGAAUUGCUGUUUACCUGCAGUAGGACAAAGACCAGCCAGUUUCUGUAGAGCAGGACUUGCUGUUGUCCUCAGACACAUCAUUCAGAAAUCAUACGAAGCCGACCCCUCAAGGAAGGAAAUCUUGGAACUUCUGGGUUUUAAAAAGACUUGCUUGAAAGCCUGUGCUGAAGUUAGUCAGUGGACCAGGCUAUGUGAACUCACCAUCCCUUUAGCUAUUGAGAAGUUUCUCAAAGAAUCUUCUGACCAGCAGCCAGCCAUCCCUGUGGAAAUACGACAGUUAGAGAAAAAGCUCAGCGAGCCUGUUAGGGUGCAUAAUGACGACAAACUCCGCAGGCAGAAGCUGAAGCAACAGAGGGCUGCCGGAGCUGGGCCUCCCCUCGCUGCGGAAAAAACCAAGAGUGAGGUCCACAGUCAGGAAACGUCUGAAGAGUUGGACUCCUCGUCCCAGAGCCUGGAACUGAAAGUGGCGUUCUCAAAACUCACAGUACAAGACGAACCAGCUGCUACCAACAGGGAGCCUUCUCACAUCAGAAAAGCGAAGGCUUCCGACCUCCCACCUCUGGAGCACGUGUUUGCAGAAGGCCUUUACUUCACUUUGGCAGAUAUUGUGCUCCUCCCCUGUAUCCAUCAUUUUUUGUUAAUUAUCUGCAAGAAACUUUCUGAAAAACUGGUAGAAUUUCCACUGCUUUCCGCUUGGUACCGGAGGAUUCAGGAAGUGCCGGGAGUGAAAACGGCAGCUUCUCACUGUGGGAUCCACUUUCUCCAUUUACCAGAGCUGCUGAGCACCUCAAAUGAACAGCAUCCAGACUUAAAGGAGGCCCCGGGUGCAGAGGAACAAAAUGAGCCUUCAUUUAUAGGAGGACCGAGACCCACUAUGACCAAGUUAAUGGAAAAAGGCAUUGAAGCAAUGUUUUCUCCUCACCCUUGCCCUACUUGGACCCUUGACUGGAACAGUCUUCCUGCAGCAGUGAGCCCAAAGGAAGGUAAAAUGACCUGUGAUCGAGCUUUGAGGAAGCAGCAACAGUUAAACAACCUUGUGUAUGUGGUGACAAAUCAAGCCAAACCUGGUGACAGAAUUGUGGAUUUCUGCAGCGGUGGGGGCCAUGUUGGGAUUGUGCUUGCUUACACACUGCCAUCAUGCCAGGUUAUAUUAAUAGAAAACAAGGAAUUAUCAUUAAUUCGUGCUAAGAAGAGAAGUGACGAACUAGGUCUAAGCAACAUUUGGUUCAUUCAAGCAAAUAUGGAGUAUUUUACGGGGAUGUUUAAUAUUGGGUUGAAUGUACAAAAGACCGAGGAGACCAAUGAUGAAUCUGAGUUCAGCUCGUUGGCUAAGCUGACAGCUCGUCUUAAAGCCGAAACUGAUACGCCUCCUGUGGCCUUUUGGAGGGAGAGGAGAGAGAGUGAGCCAGCCUCCUCCCCUCUAAAGGGACUGCGUGAAGGGAAGAAUCAGAAAAAACAAAGGCGAAGCCCGCACCUCGCUGGGUUCAAGAGAACUACAGGAGCCCCAAAUAGUGGUCCUGCCUCCUUAAGAGUGUCUCAUGAUACCUAUCACUGUAUUUCAGGAAAGCAGUGCAUGUGCCUGGUGGACCUGGACCGAGCAAGAGCUGCAGAAGAACGUGGCUACUCUGCUCAAGUGAUAUCCAUGGAGCCAGAGAGCUGCUCUCCCAAAAAUAACAUGAUCGUGGGAGUCCCCGCUUAGAACAAGAUAUUUACAUUUGAUGUUUUGCCAUCCGUCUUCAUGAUGAAAGCCCGGUGGCAUUCAGGAGGCUCUUGGCAUAACUAGCAAGCAGCAUUAGCCAUCUUGAACCUAUUGUGCUCAGGAAGGAAAGCAGCAGGGAAAUCUUUGAAGAAGGGCUGCCUGCAAAGCAUCACAAAUGCUCUUCUAAUGUGUGAUUAAAAGACCACUGGUUUUCCUAGUGAGAAUCCCCUGAAGUCUCGGCUGCCAGCAGAAUAAUAGUCACUAAUGGAGGUUCCAUCACUGGAAUAACAAUUUCCUUCUCAGUUCACAGCUUUUCUGAUGUGGCCAGUAUGUUCAAUUCAAAACAAUGUACUCGCAGCCUUUAUAACCAUUUAGAUAUUAAAGAAGAGACCAAAGUAGAUUCAGUGGGAUUUUUGUUUUUUAUAUUUCUAACAAUUGCACUUUUUCUACAAUUUUUUUAAAUCUAGGUAAUUACAGUGUGGUUAAACUUUUAGGCUCGGGUGAGUUGGACUUGCAUAUCAUUACAUAUACUUAAUUUAAAUAUUCUUCUUAUAAAUUACCCAAUGAGAUUAUCACUGGUUCAAACAUUUUCUAUGAAGACACUAUAAAAUAAUUGCAGUGAAUUUCGCAUUAUGAGAACACAUAAUGUGGACAUAAAUUCUAACUCAUCAGUAAAUACAUUGAUUAAUUAAUUAAAGUCUAAUUAAUUAAAGUAAAUAUAAAUAAUUAUUGAGGAUCCAUUAUUUUUAAUCUAGACCCUGGCCUAGAUUCUUCUAAGGAUACAAAGAAGAGUUGCAAGAGAUACGAAGUCUUGCCUCUGGAAGUAAAUCAGCUAGAUGAGAAAGAUUAAUGAAUUAGUUAAGUUCUUUAUGUAUGUGUGGUCACAGGAUUUGUUUUUCAUAUAUCAGUCAUAUAUUUUUUUUUAUUUCUGAUAAAACAUAUUGAAUUUAAAUUAUAAAUUGGAAUUGGGAGGAGAACAGAGUAUAGAAGCCUAUUUGAAUAGCUGUCUCUACCCAAAUUCUUAUUCCACCAGCCAAAGUUUUUAAAGACAGAUGGUAUGUCCUUUCUCACAUGCUGCUAAUUAUUUAUUUGUUUACAUGUCCUAGGUUAUUCCAUUUGAGAUAAGAUUUAUUUCAUCAAUUUUGAUGUUUUCAACCCUGUAUGACACAUACCAUGAGAAGAAAGGACUUUAAUAAGUAACUCUUUCAUCUCUGUGGAUUAAAAUACAGGAAUAAUAUAUGGAAGGGUGGAGACCUUGAACUCGUGUUUUCUGGGAUAAAAUUUGAGAAAAGACUUAAUCAUCAGCCCUGAGUAUUUUAGUCAUUUGAACCUGUAAAUGUGCCAUGCUCUUUUAUCCUGGGCUUUCUUAUUUUAAUUGAGGUAUAAUUUACAGACAAUAAAAUAACAGAUAUUAAGUGUUCAGUGUAUACCCAUGCAACCACCAGCAGAAAUAAGAUAUAGAAUAUUUCCAUUAGCAUAGAAAGUUCUCUCAUGUCCCUUUCAGUUCAAUAUCCCCCAUCCAAAAGGCAACCAUGCUCUGAUUUCUGUCACCCUACAUUUGUUUUACCUAUUUUUGUCCUUUAAAUAAAUCAAGUAAUUUAGUAUGUA